UCCCACAAGUGCUCGGCUGUACUGCAAGGGGCCUGUGAAUCUACAAUUUUGCCCAACAAGCCGGGGCCUCCGAGGCAACAUGUGGUCGCGACCGGAGCUGGUGACCCUGUUGGUGGCGGCGCUGCUCGUGCUGGAGGGGACGGGCGCGAACGAGGAGGCCAAGUCCAAAUGCCAGCUGCUCGCCGGCGUCCCUGGCGUUGACGGCUUCCCCGGGCGCGAUGGCCGGCCAGGAAUGCCAGGGCCCAAAGGAGAUCGUGGAAUGCCUGGGCAAGGAGAGAAGGGAGACGCGGGACCCCCGGGACCGUCAGGGCCCAGAGGCGAGGAUGGAAUUCCUGGGACAAAGGGAUUAAGAGGGGACGACGGUGAAAAGGGCGAAAAGGGAGCAACCGGAGCCAACGGGAAGGUUGGACCCAAGGGCACGAUGGGUCUUCAAGGGGCUCCCGGCAACCCCGGCAUGAACGGGGGGAAGGGCGACGUCCCCGUGGUGAAGAAGUCCGCGUUCAGCGCGAGGGCGAGCGUCGGCAAGAGCGUCCCCAAAGCCCCCGGGGCGAUCGUCUUCGACGUGGUCGUGACGAACGACUUCGGUCACUACGACGAGGGCAGCGGCAGGUUCAGGUGCGCGAUCGCCGGUCACUACUUCUUCUCGUUCCACGCCGCCGUCGCCGCGAAGUCGCUGCAGGUCGUCGUCAUGCUCGGCGACAAACCGCAGGUGACUUUUUACGACCACUUCUCGGGCGCCGGCGGCGCCGACAGCAUGAGCGGCGGCGUCGUGCUGCGCUUGAAGGUCGGCGAGGAGGUCUGGCUGCAGAUGAUGACGAUCAACUUCGGUUUGUACAUCGACGACAAACGGGACGCCGUGUUCAGCGGCUUCUUGCUGUUUGCCGAUUGAGAGCGAGCCGCCGGCGCAAGGUCGGGCGGCGCUUAACCAAUUAACCUGUUCGCAUUUUUAACACUGUACGCAAAGUUGGUCAUCGACGAAAGUGCACGCGGGUCACCGAUGCCCAAGAGGGUUGACGUGGACUUUGCAAGAACGUGGGCGCCAUGACAAAUGACGUUGCAAGUCAACGCAAUUAAAUUUUCUUUGUGCACUUUGUAGCAUUUGGUGGCGCGGCAGUGCGAUGGGUUCGUGAAACGAUCCAUGAACCCCAGGCACUCGAGUUCAAUUCCCCGCCACGGCUAACGUCAUCGGCGAGCGAUAUCCGAACUAUCCCCGGGGCCCUGCCCACUUCACUCACCUGCACUGGCGGGCGUGGUGAAGUUUGGCCAAAUAACCCCCAUGACUGGCUCGGCCUUCGAUCAGCAAUGCAUUGACAGAGGGCUGUGGCGACAUCACAUCUGCCUGCUCGAUUUGAGACCGAAACAGGAGGAGUGUUUCUCCACAAUUCUGGCUGUCGCCUGACGAGGCUGGUUGUAAUUACCGGCGAAACGUCACGUGACCAGAAUUGUAAAUGUUGUUGUGGGUUUACUCUCCAACACACCGGUGUGCUGAACUAGUAACGAAUUGACACGUUUUGUUUACGUGACAAACCUUACUAAUUGGCUGUGUGGGGUGGUGGCAGGUUUAACGACACAUUCAUAUAUUUAGGCGAUCUAAAAUAAAAACCUCUGUUAUGAAAAAACAUAUUUUACAUAUAUAAAAGCGACCCCAUAUCUCGAUAAUGUACAAAUGAGUACGUGUGGAGUCAGAAGGGGUGGAUAGCAAAACCACGCCGACAAGCGGAGCGAGGAUGGUGACAUCACAGCAAGAAGCAGCGCUGGCAAUUAAUGCGGAGAUAGUUGUGCGCGUGCAUGAAUAAAAUUUACAUUCUAUGCGCGGGCGAUCUGAGCUGUUGUGAUGCAAACAUAAGCUUUAAAGUUAUUUCACUGUGAGAUUUUCUGUCGCAUUGUAAUGGUCUCUUCAACACUUUCCUAACUGCCCUGUGUUCUGUUGAAAUAAAAAAUAAAACGAACUCAGCAACUGGUUAUCUCUUUUUU